ACUUUUAGGAAAAGGAAAAAAAAAUGAAUCAGUUAAUCAAAAGAUUUUUCUUCGAUGAUUCAUGUCUCCGACCAAUCUUAGCCCUUAAGCAAACGUUGCUCCCCGCGGAUUGCGAUCGAUCGUCGAUCCAACCUUUACUCGGAGUUAAGAAAAAAACAGAGGUUUUUUUGGUGGAAUCAAUGUCUGAUAUCCCUUCUUGUUCUAGCGGCAAUAAUUCAAACAGCAAUAAUGAUUCGGGUAACUUUGAAUGUAACAUCUGCUUGGACUUGGCUCAAGACCCGAUUGUGACUCUCUGUGGUCACUUGUUCUGUUGGCCUUGCUUAUACAAAUGGCUCCAUCUCCAUUCCCUCUCAAAGGAAUGUCCUGUUUGCAAAGCCGUCAUCGAAGAAGACAAGUUGGUUCCUUUGUACGGUAGAGGUAAAUCAUCCACUGACCCUCGAUCCAAGUCUAUACCGGGACUGGAAGUGCCAAACCGUCCAUCGGGACAGAGACCCGAAACAGCACAGCCUCCUGAGCCUAACCAUGGUUUUGCUCAUCAUGGUUUUGGAGGGUUCAUGGGAGGUUUUGCAGCUCCAAUGGCUAGUGCUCGGUUUGGGAAUGUUACGUUGUCUGCAGCUUUUGGUGGUUUGAUUCCGUCGUUGUUUAACCUCCAGUUCCAUGGAUUCCCUGAUGCAGCCAUGUAUGGUGCUGCUGCUUCUGGAGGCUUCCCUCACGGGUUCUCGAACACAUUCCAUGGAGGACACUCGCAUAUGCAUAGUUAUCACAGGCACACGGGGCGUCAAGGACAACAAGACUAUCACUUGAAGGCAUUGCUUGGCUUUGUUUUCAUCAUCGUUGUGUUUUCCCUCGUCUUAAGCUAGUGAUGAAAAUCGAUUUGCUAGCUUUCCAUUCACUCUCUAUUCGAGAUUUGAUUGCAUAAAAAACCGGGAAAAUUUGCUGUGAUUUGGCAUGUUAAUCUUUUUUGCUUAGCAAAAUUGUUCAUACAUAUGUUAAUAAUACAUGUCGGAUUCUCUUAC